UUUCGCGCUGUCACUACAGUAUCAGCUGAUGAGACAACCAUCAAACUCGGGUCGUCUUCUCCUUGAGCCACCAAACCGUCAGGUUGUCAAUAAUGCCGAAGUAUUGUUCUGCCCCAAACUGCAAGAAUGACUCUGGAAACACAACGACAGAGAAGAAAAGCUUCUACAAAUUCCCUUUACAUGAUUCGACAAGGCUGCAGAGUUGGUUGAAGAACAUGGAUCGUGAAGACUGGACCCCGUCGCGGCACCAGUACCUAUGUCACGAACACUUUCUGCCGUCUUGUUUCACCAUCCGCUGGGGCAUCCGCUAUCUGGACAAUAACGCUGUUCCGACCAUUUUCGAUUGGUCUGACAAUAAAGGGAAACGCAAAGGAGUGGACCACUUUGAGAGACGAGCCAAGCGCACACGCAGCAGCGGUGAGAAGCCAUCGCCACUGGCCCCUCUGUCAGAUCCCGAGCCCCAAGCCCCUGUCACAUGUUCAGGCCAGGACACCCCCGUGAGCACCGUGCAGCUUUACACCGUCUCUGUCGCCACCGCCCAGCCUGGGGAGGCUGUUCUGUUGGACCCUGGCAACAUCAGGGGUGCCCUGGGGUCCCUCCAGAUGCCGGGUAUACAGUAUACACCAGAGUAUGUGCUGGAGGCGGCUCCAGCUUUGAGCGGGGACUUCCCUGUUGCACUGAGGCCGACGCUGAGGGGUCCAGGUACGGCUGCCGGGGGUGAGCCCAGUGAGGUGGUGGUCGUCGUGGAGACUCCUUCGACCCCUGUGGAGGACGUAAAGGCUGAUGGGAUUGUAGUGGAUGUGCUAGCUGAAGGGCAGAGAACAGCAGUAGCAGCAGCGCCAGACAGUGUAUGUAGCAACCAACUAACAAUCGACAAUGUGUCCACUGUGGAAGAGUUGGCCGAUGUGGCCCAGGAGGAGGAGGAGGGGGAGGAGGAGGUGCCCGGUGUUCAGCUCAUUGCGUACUUUGAAACAAUCCCUAACGUACUGCCCAGUGGCCCUACCGCUCUAGUCAACGUCUCGCCCGACACCGUGCUCUCAUCCUCCCUCGGAUCAAGACCCAUAGUGUCCACAGUCCCCAUUGUGUCCAAGCACAUGCCCCCUGCACCGGACUCCCUGGUUCUAACACUGGAGCGUCUGGAGGAUGAUAAGGAGGAUGUGGACAGGCUCUCUGAGAACGGAGUGGAGCUACAUGGAAAACGACUGGAAGAACAUCGUUACCACAAGAACAGCCUGAGCAAGGAGCAGCUGGAGGCGAUCGUGGUGGAGCUGCAGAAGAAGGUGAAGGUUCUGCAGCAGAGGCACCGCCGGCACCUGGACAAGCUGCUGGGUCUGGAGACCACGGUGAGCCAGCUCCGGCAGACCAACCUGGUCAACGAAGAGAGGCUGCAGCUGCUGGAGAGGGCUUACCUACAGACCAGUGCAGCCGUCACUGAAGCUGGCGAGACUGUAGCCAUCAUCUACGGCGAUGACAACACAACCUACCUUUACGCCCAGCAGAAGGCAGAGGAAGAGGAGGAAGAGGAAGUGGGCCAGCUCUUAUAAAAGUUAUACUGGCACAAUGAUCUACACACUUUAAUGCUCUGUGAUGCACAACGCUCAGAAAUAUCAUGAAAUAUAUGAAGAGAUGAAUUACUAAGCAUAUUAUGUAUUUGAAGUCCAUUAGAGUUAUGUUAUGAUUUAAUAAUAGGUAACAUGCAAACCCUCAGAUUCCCAGUGUGAUGGUAAUGUGUUCAUAUAUUCCCUUUUCUACCCUUAGCAUUUGCACUAACUUCUUUGUGAAACAGCAUACUCUUGGGAAAUAAAGGUUGCUCAAAGCCGAAUGUGAUCAAAAUAUUUUGCGCUCUUUUGUUUCUCCUGCUGUUAAAAAGGUAUGUUGUCCAGAGCUGACUAUUGUGGAGUGGAAUAUUUUUUAAGGCUGCACAUUUUUAUUUUGUAAUUCUGUGAACCAUGUAUUCUGGAAAUUGAUUGGUAAAAGUAAAGUUUUCCCCUUUCACUCUCAAA